UUUUUUUUUUUUUGCUAGCUGCUACGUUGAAAAAACCAAGGUGUCUAAAGCUGUUAUGUGCAACGAUAGGUUUAGGGUUGGGUUAGCGCUCCUCUGUGACUCAUGUAGCGUAGCAUGGUUAACAUGGGAGCUGGUUUAUAUCCAGUAAAUAGUCUCUUUGUUGCAGAAAAUGAAAACAGCUAGCUAACGUUUUUGUGCUGCUUCCUCGUUUUUCAAACCUCUUCUUGAGACUUCAAGCAUCCAGAUUGAACCAAAGGCAGGCUCAAAGGAGUUAUAAAUUCAUGGUCACUCCAGAAGAUGGAUUAACCAUCAAACCCCCUUUUUAAGCUGCUCCUAUCAUCCCUUAUUCCCUGCCCACCAUCUAUUGAGCAGGCAAGAUGCAGGGUAACAGACCCCCAACCAAACAGUCGCUCAGGGACCUGUUUUCGCCGUUCCGCAACCGGCAAGAGCGGGUGGUGCUGGCCCGGAGCGAGAGCCUGCCAGGGGAGCAGGUGCUGAAGAUAACGGUGACGGAAACCACCAUGAUUGAGACGGAGUCCGGCGUGUGGAACUGGCGCUCUAUGUCCUACCUGGGUCUCUGGUACUUCUUCAGCUUCUGCACCCUGUUUCUCAACAAGUAUAUCCUGUCUCUGCUGGAGGGAGAGCCAAGCAUGUUGGGUGCGGUUCAGAUGAUGUCCACCACCAUCAUAGGCUGCCUGAAGAUGUUCAUUCCCUGCUGCCUCUACAAGCACAAAUCCAGAUCUGAGUACCCAGCCAACUUCAUCAUGAUCAUGCUGUUUGUUGGGCUGAUGAGGUUCACCACUGUGGUUCUGGGAUUAGUGAGUUUGAAGAACGUGGCGGUGUCGUUCGCUGAGACGGUGAAGAGCUCGGCGCCCAUAUUUACUGUUAUCAUGUCCAGGUUGAUCCUCGGAGAAUAUACGGGCCUCUGGGUAAACCUGUCCCUGUUUCCUGUCAUGGCCGGCCUGGCCCUCUGCACGGCCUCAGAGAUCAGCUUCAACAUGCUCGGCUUCUCCGCCGCGCUCUCCACCAACAUCAUGGACUGCCUGCAGAACGUUUUCUCCAAGAAGCUGCUGAGCGGAGACACGUACAGAUUCAGCCCCCCAGAGCUGCAGUUUUACACCAGCGCAGCAGCAGUCAUUAUGCUGAUCCCUGCCUGGGUGUUCCUGCUGGAUUUUCCAGCUGUGGGAAAAGGAGGGCAGAGGUUCUUGUUCAGUCAGGACAUAAUCCUGUUGCUGCUGUUUGACGGCGGCCUGUUCCACCUGCAGAGCGUCACCGCCUACGCCUUGAUGGGGCGCAUUUCCCCCGUCACUUUCAGUGUCGCCAGCACCGUGAAGCAUGCGCUGUCGGUUUGGCUGAGCGUCAUCGUGUUCAGCAACCAGAUCACUAUCCUCAGCGCCACCGGCACGGUCCUCGUCUUCAUCGGAGUCUUCUUGUACAACAAAGCGCGUCAAUUCCAGAGGGAGACCCUGCAGGCCAUGGCUGCUGAGCAGAGCAACAAACCAUUGCUGCGGGACCAGGAUUUCCAACCCUCACAGCCAAAGUGA